AUGGAGGUCGCGUUACCCAAGGACCUGGCGCAAGAUGUUGGCCUGGCCAAGAGGAGGCAGAUGGAGUUGUGCAGGCAGAAACGGAUCUUCAACGCCAGAAACAGGAUCAUCGGGGGAGACCCAGGAGCCUGGGAUGUCCAGGUUCAUGACCAGAAGAUAAAAGAAGCAACUGAAAAAGCUAGACAUGAAACCUUUGCUGCUGAAAUGAGGCAAAACGACAAAAUCACGUGCAUCCUAGAAAACCGGGAGAGGAGAGAGAGGAGAAAUCUCUGCACAGUUAUUAACGACUUCCAGCAGCACUUCCAGAUGCCGGAAACUCGCCGUGAGUUUGAUUUGUCAGAUCCUCUCGCCCUUAAGAAAGCUCUUCCUGCCCGGCAGUCAGAUGACGAUGUCCGGAACACCGUGUCAGGGAUGCAGAAAUUCAUGGGAGAGGACUUAAGCUUCCCCGAGAGGAAGAAGUUCCAAGAGGAACAAAACAGGGAGUGGUCCUUGCAGCAGCAAAGAGAAUGGAAGGAUGCCCGCACUGACCACAAAUUUGCAGAGGCCCUGCACACAGAGACGCGGCUACGGCUUGACCACACAGCCCAGCACCUCCAGAAACUAGAGACCUCUGCUAGGAAGGCAGUGUGUGCAACCGUGAAGGAAUUCAACAGGAACCAGAGGCUUCAGGAAGAGGAGCGCCAGCGGGACAUGGACUGGGACCGGCAGCGCAUCCAGAAGGCUCGGGCCACCCUGCUGAUGGAGCGGCUGCAGCAGCGGCAGCUUCGGGAGCUUCGGAGGGCUCUGGACAGCAGCAACCGCAGCCUGGCCCAGGAGCAGCGCCUGCAGAAAAACUACAUGAAAGAAGUCUACACAAACGAUCCCACAGGUGACUAUUUCUCACAAUUUAAUACCAGGAGUCGGUGA